AACAUUAAGUUUAUUGCAUGCCGGUGGUUUUUUGUUACAGCAGUACGUGUGUGAUCAGUACGUUCGGAUGGAAGCGAAUAAUUUACGCUACACUAGAGAGAAUCAAAGGACGCUGUUUGCCGAAGCGUAUCAGGGGCUUGUGGACCACAUAAACCAACAACUUCAUGUAGAUGAAAUCGAUCCUGUCGAUCGUAGGAUGAUUUUGCCAUCAACGUUUGUAGGCGGCCCCCGUUACAUGAAACAAUGUUACCAUGACGCGAUGGCCAUUGUGCGUAAGUACGGUAAACCUGACCUGUUCAUAACGUUCACAUGUAACCCUAAGUGGCCAGAGAUUGUUGACAACAUUCCAAAUUGGUUAAAAGCUAACGACAGGCCAGAUUUGGUGGCAAGGGUGUUCCAUGCAAAACUUAAGGAGCUAAUGCGUGAUAUAACAGUUACUAAGGUGUUUGGUAAUGUUGAUGCUUACGUUUAUACUAUUGAGUUUCAGAAACGAGGUCUUCCGCACGCCCACAUACUCAUUAUCUUGCAAGAAGACAUGUGA